AUGUCUAUCUUCACGAAGAACACGCCUUUCUUCGUAUUCCUAAUCGUACUGGGCAUCAGACUUCAAAACGCCCUGACAAUAUCCACUUUUUUCCAACCGGAUGAAUACUUCCAAUCCCUCGAGAUCGCGGCAAGUCAACAUGCAGCCGGUUCUGGAUAUAUAACUUGGGAAUGGCAUCAUGCACUACGAUCUGUGCUGUACCCUCGAAUAUUUCAGGGGGUAUAUGGCCUCGUAGAUUCAAUAUCAAAAGCAUUGAACCUCUCCCCGGCGACGACCGCAGAACUUCUCGUCGUCGGCCCCAAAAUCGUGGGAGCCAUAACCGCCGCUUUAGGCGAUGUAUAUACCGGACUUCUGGCAAGGAAGAUAUACGGAAAGGAAGCAGGAACAAAUGCGCUAUUACUCAGUCUAUUCAGCGCCUGGAAUUGGUUCUGCUCCACCAGAACAUUUUCAAACAACCUCGAAACCACAUUAACAAUAAUGGGAAUGUACCACUGGCCCUGGAAAACCUACAACCCAGCAGAUCUAACCCUCGCCACCAUCUUCGCCGCCAUCUCAUUCACAGUCCGUCCUACAAACGGUCUAAUAACCUGGGCAAUCGGUCCUUUACUCCUCCAACACCUCCCCACACUCCCGCAACGGCUUCUCGCAAUCCUCCAAAUCCUGUUGAUCAGCAUCACAAUCCUCUCAUUAAACGCCUGUAUAGAUUAUACAUUCUAUAACCGUCUAACCCUUCCAUUCAUCGAAUUCUACAGAUUGAACAUCUCACAAUCGAUCUCCUCCUUUUAUGGAACAAGUCCAUGGCAUUACUACUAUUCCCAGGGGUUACCGUUACUACUUACGGGAUAUUUACCGUUAGCGGUUUACUCGUUCUUUGGCGGGUUGAACGAUCUAUCUAGUUAUUCGCCCACGACGCAUUUGACUAGAUUGUUGGGGUUGGUGCCUGUUGCUUUUAUGGCGACGAAACAUAAGGAGGUUAGGUUUUUGUACCCUUUGUUACCUAUUUUUCAUGUUUUGAUGGCCGGGGUCGGGGUUCCUAGUUUACCAAGGAGGUAUACGAGGAAGUGGACGAUAGUGGUGGCGGUGAUGUUGGGGAUUAAUAUCCCGAUUGCUUAUUAUACGGGUUAUGUACAUCAGAGGGGGGUGGUGGAUGUUGUGAAUUGGUUGAGACGGGAACACUACUCCUCGAACGAUAACUCAGGAGAUGCUACAAUAAUUAAAAAUGUGGGAGGAGGAGGUGCAAGAGUUGGAUUCUUAAUGCCUUGUCAUUCCACACCGUUCGGAAGUUAUAUGUGGGAUGCAGGGAUGAAAGAUGGAUCACCCAGCGCUUGGUUCUUAAUCUGCGAACCACCCGUUGGUGUUCCUAUCGACCAAAGGGAGGAUUACGUAGACGAAGCAGAUGAGUUUUAUAACAACCCUACCGAUUUUUUGUACCGAAGGUUUGGAGGACCACCGUUGAAAACGGAUCGAAAGGAGGGGGAUGAGGAGAAGGAGGAUGGAGAGAAUUCGGAAGGAAAGAUGCUAUGGCCUGAUGAAUUGAUUACUUUCGAGGCUACUGCUGAGUUAAUAAGGGGGUAUUUGAGGACUGAAAGGGCAGAAGGCAGGUAUGUGGAGUGUAAGAGGUUCUUUAAUAGUCAUUUUCAUGAUGACUGGAGGCGGAAAGGGGAUGUAAUUGUUUGGUGCUUGAAGUAA